UUCGGCAUCACCAUCGCUUAUCGGAAUGAAUCAAAUCGGACUGUAAAAAUCUGUUAUUUUGGACCUGGAAUUUCACAAUGAUUAAGAGACUUGCCUGACUGCCAGAUUUUUUCAAUAUAUGAAAUUAACAACCCUGCAACGUGCGCCGAAAACACCAUCUCUCACCCAACAAGCUUACCCAGGAACACGUUGUCUCGCGUAUAAUAAGAACCAUGACCAUCAGGGAACCAAGCGCGGCUCUUUCGGCAACGGCAGGCAGAUAUGGAGUAGUACCGGCGGGAAGCCACUCAAAGGCGAAAAUGACAGAUCCCAGAUUUCGCAUACGACCACUUCAGCAAGUAGCAUCGGCCUGCACUGGCGCCAUGGUGACCGCCUGUUUUAUGACACCCUUGGAUGUGAUCAAGACACGCUUGCAGGCUCAACAGUCGGCCCUGCUUUCGAAUAAAUGCUUUCUAUAUUGCAACGGCCUCAUGGAUCACAUCUGUCCAUGCGGUCCUGGCACGCCUAACCCCACACUGUUCAAGCCUGCUCCGCAGUUUUCUGGCACCAUUGACGCGUUCAUUAAGAUAAGUCGCUCAGAGGGAGUUCCUUCGCUGUGGUCUGGACUGAGUCCUACUCUAAUCUCGGCCUUGCCCUCGACCAUAAUCUACUUUGUGGCCUACGAACAAUUGAAAGCUCGCUUUACGGACUUCCAUUACAAGUACUUGCCAAGCAUAGACCCAGUUAAAAACACAGCCGAUGUCCGUGACAUUCCAAUGCUUGUUCCCUUGAUGGCGGGCGUGACAGCUCGCAUUCUAGCAGUGACCUGCGUCAGUCCUGUUGAAUUGAUACGCACCAAAAUGCAGUCCCAGAGGAUGACGCACGCUGAAAUGUUCGGCACCAUCCGCCAGGUGGUUCAGUCCCAGGGACUUGUUGGGCUGUGGCGUGGACUGCCGCCAACAAUACUACGCGAUGUCCCAUUUUCGGGCAUCUACUGGACCUGUUACGAGUACCUUAAAAGCAGUUUUAAUGUGGUCGAACCAACGUUCGGCUUCAGUUUCGCAGCGGGAGCAAUAUCGGGCUCGGUCGCUGCCAUGAUUACCACACCGUUUGAUGUGAUUAAAACCCAUGAGCAAAUCGAGUUUGGAGAGAAAUUUAUAUUCACAGGUAGGCCUAUUGCUAUCUCGGACGCUGCAACAAGAUCCCUACGCAUUGACUAUGGUUCUGUUUGCAUUACGGCAGAUAAUCUACCUAAAAAUGUGGCCACUAAGUCGGUGAUGACCCGCCUGUCUAGCAUAUACCGCCUGGGCGGUGUGCGCGGAAUUUUCGCUGGACUCGGACCGCGUCUCUUCAAGGUGGCGCCCGCAUGUGCAAUCAUGAUUUCAUCCUUCGAAUACGGCAAGUCCUUCUUCUACCAUUACAAUGUCGACCAACACAAUGAGGCGCUUCUCGCGACACAACCACGCAAUCGGAGGCAAAAGACUGCCCAUGCCUCGGAAUCAACCCCAGAGAAGUGUGACAGGUUCAACUAGCGUCGUAAUUCCGCACUCUUUCUGAAUGUAUGUACAUAUGUAUAUAAAUAUGUAGAUUAUGCCAAAGAUGCAACCGAAUCGCUCGGCCUGAAUUAACUGGCUGCUAUCGGACAAUUUAAAUUUAAACGUCAAAUCCUAUAGUGAAAUAGACAUUUUAUUUUAUGUUUGAACAACUCAUGGAUAAUAUGUUAUUACGGAUUCAGAGGAAACACAACACGUUAUCUCUUGGAAACUUAACGGUAAACCAUACGUCUCAAUAGAUAAUGAAGACCCUAGAGUCUUUGAGCGUAUACAAAAAAAUAAUAAAAUUCGCCCAACCAAAAUAUUGUUUGAAUUUGAA